CCUGUUACAGAUAUCAGUCACAGCUCGAAAGAUCACAGAGGCUGCAUGGAAACAAAGCUGUAGUCUCCUACCAGAGAGGUGUAGAAAUGAGGUGACUUUCUCUUACACUCCUCUUGUGUUAGAUACAGACGUGCCUUCAUCUCUCUCUAAAAUCGAAACAAAGAGCAAAAGAUGCAAGAAAGCUCGCCCUAAAAAGCUAAAGGGCUUCAUCCCCCGUGGCCAAAAAGGAAACGUCCCCGGCUGACCUGCUUAAAACACCCAAAAGAAGGAUCCUCUUAGUUGGAAAACCUGGAAUUGGAAAGACAGCUGUUGCCCAUCAAAUGUUGAACCUCUGGGCACAGAAAGAUCACAGAGAACUAGAUUACAUGUUUUAUUUUGAUGUAAGAGACAUUUCACCCAGCACACAUCCCAUGAGACUGGAGGACCUUCUCUUUAACAUGUACAGUGAGCCAGAAGAAAGUAGAGAAGAAGUGUUACAGGAUAUUAAGAAGAACUCUGAAAACGUUGUCAUCAUUUUUGAUGGAAUCACAGACCUCUCCUCUCAUUCGGUGAUAAAGAAACUUGUGGACAAGGACCUCCUCCUUGAUGCAAAGAUUGUGAUCACAUGCAGACCAGAGGUUCCAUCAGGAGACUUCCUGACAGACUGGCCCUCGUUCAGAGUGGAGGUGAAAGGGUUCAGUAAUGAGUCCAUCCUUGGCUUACUUAACAAAGAUGUUGAGUGCUGAGCCUAACCCUACGCCAAACCAUGAUUCCCUGAGCAUUGUGUUAAACAACCUAGAGUUGUUCAGUCUGUGCCAUGUUCCGAUGUAUGCAUUGAUGGUGGUUGCCUGCAUGUAUUAUUCUACCCCAGAGGCUUCUAAGCAGCCAUGGCCUACAACUAAGAUGUACAUCAACAUCCUCCGUUACUGCAUCCUAAAACACAGUGGCAAACAGAUGAAUGAUCUCGACAAGUGUCUCGCAGAAAACAGAGAAAAAAUAUUGUCUUUAGCAGAAAUGGCUUUUGAUGCAACACAGCAAAAAACGAUGAACUUGACAGAACUGAGCUGCGAAGUAAGCAGUGUCCAGUUUUCUUUCUUGGGGGUUCUUAUGAUUAUGGUCGAGCCCACAGUAUCAGACACUUACUCUGCAUUUCUCCAUUACACAAUGCAGGAGUUCUUUGGUGCCCUUUGGCUCUUACAGAAUCCAGACAAAAUCAGAGAGGUUCUACAGAAGUGCCAGACUGAAGAAUGGAAACACACAAAACACAUGGUUCCUUUCAUGUGUGGGCUUCUGAAUGAGAGGAAUAUUCGAUUGGUAAAUGGUCUAGUUCCAGCUCAACAGAUCAAGAAGACGUCAGAUUGGUUCUUCAAGGAAGUGGUGAACACACUUCAAACAAACCAAGAUCAUGCAGAAGGUGGUGCUCCUGAGUUUGAGAUAGAUCUUCUGUUUUUAUGUCAGUGCUUGUAUGAAUCUCAGUCUACUGAGGCCUGUUUGCUUCUUCUGGACAAACUGGACUACAAUCUAGACCUGGAUGAAGAACAUGUGGAUCCUCACCAGUGCUGUGCAGUCUCCUAUAUGAUCAGUCAGUCUGCAGAGAGAAAGGUUGACUUGGACCUGAACAGCUGCACUGUGUCAGACCAAGGACUAAGGCUGAUACUGGGCUCUCUGAAGAAUGUCCGACAUCUCAGAUCUGACCCCUCAAUGCUGUGUCAACUCUGGACAACUUUGCUGCGCAGUGAGGCAGACAUGGACUUCACUAGCUUACUUGGGCUCUGUGGAUAUGAGUUGCACCUUCCAUUCCUGGGUGAAAGACGAGUGUUUGAGAGAGCAGACGAAGUGAUGAAGCAGAGCCUAGAGAGGGUUAACCUCUGUCUACACUGGGAUCGGAGAACUCUUCUCAGUGAGGCUCUCAGCAAGACCAUGUUAAAGUGUUUAACACAUCUUAACAAACUCCAGUGACUGUUUACACUGCCAGUACAUAUUUAUUCAAUGUCUUUGUGACUAUUCAUUCAUUUAAGUCGAUUAAAAACAUAGGUUGUCAAUGUACAUAGGAACAAUAUCAAGAGGUUAAUAUCUAGACAAAGAAGUCACUGCAACAAUACAACAAGAUAGACACAUGGCAACAGCAUUUAGCCUGUAAAAGAGGCAGUCACUUUCUACCUGUAUUUACAGUAUCUAAACAAAGACUUUCUUAUGCUUUAUGGUUCAGUUUUACCCCACUACAAGAUCAGACAGAAUCCCCUGAAAAACUAGAGAAAGAAGAGAAAUCAGUCCUACUAGAUUUGUGUCUACAAGCAGGAUUAUGUGACAGAGAAAUGUUCCAGGGUGCUGUGAACACACUGCAGUCACUGUUCUCUGUGUGUCAAACUGAAAGAUAUGACAUCCUGCUGGAUCUGUACUCACAUGUGAAGUACAAUAGGAAACAAGCAGGCAGAAGUAUCCUUCCAUCAUUGAGACCACUUUACCAGUCAGCUCCUGCAGUCUGGUCCAUAGACCUCUCAGAGAGAAAGGCUUCCCUCCUCAUAGAAAUGUUGAAACUCCAAUCAGAGAAAAAAUCAAUAGAGCUGAAAGGCUGGUCAGAUGAAGAGAUUGAAGUGAGGAGUUUCCUUCAGUGUCUGCCUUACAUCUCACAGCUGAGGUGAGUUGCGGCGGCAGCGUAGCCUAGUGGUUAGAGCGUUGGACUAGUAACCGGAAGGUUGCGAGUUCAAACCCCUGAGCUGACAAGGUACAAAUCUGUCGUUCUGCCCCUGAACAG